AUGUCAUUAUCACGCUCGUUACUCCAACAAUCAGCCCGACCAUUCGCUGCGAUCAGAUCGAUACAUACUUCCCGUGCGGUAUUCAACAAACCUGACGCUUUCACCACACCCGUCCCAACCGCUCAGCCAGGUCAGAAUGCAGCUGCAGAGUUCGAUUUUGCAGGUUUACCCCAGGUAGAAACCGUAUCAGGAGCUCCCACCGAGAUGCAAUAUCGUUCCGUGCGAAUCUAUCGGCCCACCAAAUCGACCAUGCAGUCCGCCAAGGGAAAAACAAAAAGAUGGUUGUUGGAUUGGGACGUGUUACAAGGUGCCGGUAGAUGGGAGAACCCCCUGAUGGGUUGGGCAGCAUCAGCAGAUUACAUGCAAGGAACGUCGUUGGCUUUCCCAUCAAAGGAAGCUGCUGUUAGAUAUGCGGAGAAACAAGGUUGGCCAUAUAAGAUUGACGAGCCGAAGAAGGUCGUGGUGCCUCCUAAGAACUAUGCCAACAACUACGUCCACGUCCCCGGCAAGCUUAGAAUCCACCACACCAAAUAG